UGUUCGUACUCGAGCUGCGCUGGCAUGCAGACAGUUCCUCCAACUACUCGACUACCUAAAAGAUGUCCGUAGCCGUGGAAGAGGGACGAGUGCGCCCGGAGGAUAAACGGAGAGGAUGGAGAUGUGUUUGGGCGCUGUUUCCUCAUAUCUUUCUCAUCCUCUCUCUUAUCGGCUACGCGGUUUUAGGCGCAUGGAUUUUUCUGGCUAUUGAGGGAAGAACCAACGCCAACAUCAGGGGAGAGAAGGAGUACCGAAAGUUUGUGCGCCAAGUCGUGGACACUGUUCACAAUCACUCCGCUCAUCCCAAGGAACGAUUGCUGGACAUUGUGGGACAGAAGAUCUUACAGGACUACAAAGCCGUGUGGUCACAGAGACCCCAACGCUGGCACUUCUAUGGUUCUCUUUUUUUCUGCUGUACGGUCUUCACAACUGUGGGCUAUGGAGACAUGUACCCAGUGACUCUGCCUGGUAGGAUAGCCUGCAUCCUCUAUGCCAUGGUGGGCAUUCCCCUCAUGCUGCUGGUCAUCUCAGAUGUUGGAGACAUUCUGGCCAAGUUGGUGUUUAACGUGUACAGGAGCGUGCACGCCUGCUGGCGCCGUUCUUGCUCACACAUGUGGAGCCCUGCUGGAGGUGCGGAGAAGCCACAAGGGGGCGCCAGAUGCAUCUACGACGGCACCUACAACACCUCCAAUCAGGUCGCCAUAGUGCACGAUACUCAGCUGGACGUCAGCCGGAUGGUCCGAACCCAGUCGUCUGUGAAGCACAAACCCGUGCAGGUCUUCGACAACAUUGAGAUCUUUGACCGCAUUGUCGCAAGGGAGAAAUUCAAGCGGCAGGACCAACUGGCUCGUUCCUGUUCCUGCCCCGAACUCAAUCAGAUGGCCCCUCCACCCACCAGCUAUGGCAUGUGGGACUUCACCUCCAUUGGCCAGGAGAUGGAGCGCUUCAAUGUGCCUUUCCUGAUCAUCCUCCUCGUCAUCUUCGCCUACAUCCUGGGCUGGGCACUCAUCUUGCCGCUUUGGGAGACAGAAUUCUCCAUUUUCGACGCCUUCUAUUUCUGCUUCAUCACACUCACCACCAUUGGCUUCGGUGACAUUGUGCCACAGCACCCAAAGUUUUUCAUGCUCACCUUCCUCUUCAUCAUCUCAGGGAUGGCCAUCAUGAGCAUGGCCUUCAAGCUGGGCCAGACACGUAUCGUCAGCUGCUACCGCCGCUGCAUCGGUUGUGUCAGCUGCCUCAGCGAUGGGAAAGGGAGCAAAGAUAGGGUGCAGGGGCAGUAA